AUGAUCUUUCCGCAUGGCUACGGCCCAGCAGGCAAGGAUGGAUCGGUUCCUCCAGUUGGAGGAGACUGGGGCAUCAGCUGGAGCAUCAGCGACUUGUUCCAGGCUCUACAAGCCGAACAGCGCACCUCCGCGAGCUUGAGGUGUGAACUGCAGAAGGCCAAAGAUGAAAUCAGUCAUCUGCGGGACUGUCUGCGACUGGAGCGGAACAGCAGGUUCGUUCGAUGUGAAAAGAAAGAUGCACAGACUUCGCAGGAGGAGGUCAUCUCGCCGGAGGACGCAGCAGCGAGCGAGCAGCUUCAGCAGCUUGAAGUCCAGCCGCAUGCCGAAGUGCAGCACUCCCAGCAGCAGCAGCAGCCGCCUGCUAAUGGCGCUGAAUCUGAGGCCCUUGAGCCGAGUGGCGACCACUCGGAAACCAUCGCAGCGGACGCAGGGGAGGCUCCGGAGGAGGAUGCCUCGAAGCUAAGCAUCGCUGGGCAGUUGGACAACGGUCCGAGCACAGCUUCGAAGGGCUCUUAUGUAAGAGCUGCAGACAAGGUCUAUUGGGUGAGCUACGAAGAUCCGCUUCAACUCAUUCGGCUCCCAAGUGCUGAUGGCCUUCGAUCUUCAAGGGGUCAGGAGGACGUUGCACGCCAGGAGACUGUCCGCGAUGCGCUGAGCUCUUCCAGGCCCUUGAAAAGGGAGGAGGCUGAGGUGCUCUUGCCGGGCACCCCUGAGCGAAGGCCUCGUGCCCUUCGACAGCCGAGUGCGGAGCGCUGCUUUUCGGCUCGGGGAGUGUUGCAAGGUCAAGGGGUGGCCGUGAUGCAGGUGCCGAUCGCACGGACCAUCACUCCAAGGCCAGUGCCGGCCUUCAGUCACUUCGCGCCGGCGCGGCAGGCUCGGCAGGUUUCUCCACUUCCGUGGCAGGCUCAAAGCUUGCAGUCUGAGAGGCGGAGAUCGAGCUCAACGCAGUGCUUGCACGCGAGACACAGUCUGCUACAACGGCAACGAUCAGGCAGCCUUCACAGCAGCACCAGGUCUUUACAUCCUCCGGAAGUUGGUCCUCCGGGUUCGAUCUCAAGGGUGUAUUGUCGGCCAUGGCUUACCACCAUGCCGUCUCAGUUGCGAGCGUGCAGCAGUUCAAGAAGCGCCGUUGUGUGA